AUGCAUGAAGUGAUCACCUUGCAGUUUGGCCAACAGGCCAAUUACGUUGGUACGCAUUUUUGGAAUGCGCAGGAAACAUAUUUCACGUAUGGCGAUGAAGAAGAAUCUCCGGUGGAUCAUGACAUCCAUUUUCGACCUGGACACUCGGAAGAUGGCACAGAGACGUUCACUCCUCGCGCACUAAUAUAUGAUCUGAAAGGUGCAUUCGGUACUUUGAGGAGAGAUAAUGCACUCUAUGGUGCAGUAGAUGAUCCCACAGCGAUCGCACAGCAGAUGUGGGCGGGAAACACAGAUGUGAUUCAAACAGAUCAAAUCCAACAAAGUGCAUAUCAACAGCAUCUGGACCAAGGACUGGAGCCACCUACUCUAUCGCCAGAGACUGUUCGUUACUGGUCCGACUACAAUAGAGUGUUCUAUCAUCCCAAGUCAAUCGUUCAGUUGCAAGAGUAUGAGCUGAACUCGGCUCUCAUGCCUUUCGAGAAGUGGGCUACUGGAGAAGAUUUGUUUGACAGUCUUGACAAAGAACAUGACCUUCUGGACAGGGAUUUGCGACCUUUCCUGGAAGAAUGUGAUCAACUGCAAGCAAUUCAAAUGGUCACCUCUGCUGACGAUGCUUGGGGUGGCUUCACGAGCAAGUAUCUGGAGAGAAUGAGAGACGAACUGGGCAAGACAAGUGCUUGGGUAUGGGGACUCGAGGAGGGUGGACGCAAGGCAAGAGCCAAGCAGAUCUUACAGGUUGCCAAUGUCGCACAGUCAAUUCAUCAGAUCUCGAGCCAGGCUAGCAUGUACAUCCCGCUCACCACGUUGCCAGACGUGCUACCGCCAUACGUCAAUCUGAAUGCAGCAUCUAAGUGGCAUACCUCCGCACUGCAGCUUCUGGCUUUGGAAAGCAUGACUUUACCAACUAGACUGCGCUCAGGCCAGCAAGGACGUACGUCGUUUGCUGACAUUGAGACACUGUUAAGCAACGAUGGCAACCGCAGGAUUGCUCAACUCAACAUGAGCAUCAAAGACCCAGCCGAGCUCGAGGGCGAACGAAACGGCCAUGCAUCACAACACGACAGCAGAAUAAAUGGGUACACUAACGGAUACCAUGACCAUGAUGAUUCAGAGAGCAAGGAUCUCGACAUAGACAUGCAGCCAAAGACUGCCAAUCUGACUGGCGAACGAGGACACCACAACCGCCGAAUUCACGUAUUCAGCCAAUUGCAGAGUUUGCGCGGUAAAUGGAAGUCAAGUCUCGAAAUCGAAGAUACAAACCUCGCUUCUCGCGAUCGCUUCGGCCAUGGUCCCAGGAUUGAAAGAUGGAUCCACAGUCAGCAAUCUGCAUUGCUCUUCCCAGUGAUCGACAGCUUCCCUCAAGUAUUUGUAUCUCACAAUGUCGUCAAGAAGCUCGCUGUACACGCGACACUAUCGACGACUACAUCAGUCGCGCAAAGAAUCCGUGCAGUAGAAAGAAUUUCUCGCUCAAUAAUUGGGAUUGACGAGCGCGAGGCACUUUGCGAUGGACUUGUUGGGAUCUGCGAAGAAUAUGAAGAUGGAUGGGACAGCGACAGCGACAGCGAUGAUGAUGCUUAG